UACGAUUUUCACAAUUUAAUUUUAAAUUCAAUUGAGCCAAUUGAGCAUUAUAAGAUUUCUAGAAUUUAUUUGAAAAUUCUCACAGCCAGGACACAUUUUUCAAGAAAUUUGCUCAAUUUCAAACAAAUUUAUUUUAACAAAGGGGCAUCACAACAACUUUUGUUCUGAAAAUCUGCAGUUUUGAAAAAAAAACAAUUAUUCAAGAAAUUUCUCAUUCAAUGAAAUACCUCUAUUAAGUGAAAAAAAACCAGUUCAAUAACUUCAAUAUCAAAGUAACUCAUGGAAUCUUUUUAAUUUCUGUUGCAUUCUUAGAAAAUAAUUUAUACUUAUUACUUAGUACUAUUGCUUAAUUAUUAUCGCAUAAGAUACAGAAAAAUAUAGGAUAGGGCAGGAACCAAAUAAAUAUCCGAGGGAAAGUUAGGAUAACCUCACUUUUCCUUUCAUUGUGAAUGUUUUUGGCGGAACUCUGGAACGAUAUAUCGAAUGACGCAACGAUAUAUCGAAACGCGAAAUUUUUAUUUGGUUCACUGACAGCCGACGUCAGUAUUCUCCAGGGAAAAGCAGCUGGUGGAAGUUUAGUUGGAAAACCCGAAUAAAAGCUAGAGUUUUGGAAAAAGUAAUCAGGAGAUGGCUUCAUUCAAUUUGGUGUGCUCCACGAAGGCCAAUGGGAAGAUUCCGGUGCAUAAAUACCGCAGCACUGCCACCGGCCUUACCCUAAUUGUGGCAGAGGUGGAAGGUCCCGUUGUCAAUGGGUACUUUGCCCUGGCUACUGAGGCGCAUGAUGAUGAUGGGCUGCCUCAUACACUUGAGCAUCUCAUUUUCCUGGGAUCUGAACUGUACCCGUACAAGGGAGUGCUGGACCUCCUGGCGAAUCGGUGCUUGGCAUCUGGAACCAAUGCCUGGACGGAUACUGAUCAUACGUGCUACACGAUGACCACUGCCGGUAGUGAUGGGUUCCUCGAACUCCUUCCUAUCUUUCUUGAUCACAUCCUCUAUCCAACUCUCUCUGAUGCUGGCUUCAUCACUGAAGUCCAUCACGUUUCCGGGGAGGGUGAGGAUGGUGGGGUGGUUUACUGCGAGAUGCAGGGUCGUGAGAAUUCGGGCGAGAGCAAGGGUCAGUUGCAAAUGCUGAGGAGUAUCUAUCCGAAUUGUGGGUAUUCGGCGGAAACUGGAGGGAUUAUGCAUAAUCUUCGAACUAGUACAACGAAUAAAAAAGUUCGGGAUUACCAUGCGGCCUUCUAUCGCCCGGAAAACUUGGCCAUCAUCGUGACUGGUCAGGUGGCAAUUGAAGACCUUGUUCGUGUGCUAAAACCACUGGAGGAAAGAAUUUUCUCCAAGGGAGAUCGUCCACCAUUUGAAAGACCAUGGCAAACACCUGUUGAGCCUCUGCCUCAAUCCCAAGAUGUUAAGAUCCUCUAUCCAUCGGAUGAGGAGGAUUGUGGCUUGGUGUUCAUUGGAUGGCGCGGUCCUAAGUGCACUGUUGAGCAUACAACUCUCACAGCGUGCUCUGUUCUAAUGCGCUAUCUCUCAGACACGAGCGUGAGUCCUCUGCAGAGGGAUUUGCUCGAAAUUGAUGAUCCCUAUGCCAGCAAAGUGAGCUACAACAUCGGCGAAAAUUCUGAAUCAGUGCUCAAUUUCACUUUCCACAAUGUGCCUCUAAAUCUAGUGGAUGAGGUUCAUUCGAAGUUGCAGCAAGUGCUAGGGAAGAUAGCUAGUGGUGAAGAGAAGAUUGAUAUGACUCGUAUGAGAAAUAUCAUUGAGAAGAAUAUCGUGGAAUCGUGGAGUUGCCUCGAAGACAAUCCUCAUGAAGCCAUUGCUUUCUUGGUGAUUGGGGAUGUUUUGUACGGUAGCUCUCCUGAUGACUUUGAGCUGAGACUCAAUACAAAUACCGAAUAUGAGAGUUUCAAGGACAAAGACGAGACUUUCUGGAUUAAUUUGCUGAAGAAGUACUUUGUGGAUGCCAAAUAUGUAGUAGUGAGAGCUGUACCGAGCAUUGAGGAGCAGCACAGGAUGUCCAAGGAGGAGAUUGAACGAAUUGAGCGACAGAGAGCAGAUUUGGGCGUUGAAGGGAUGCAGACCAAGGGUGAUGAACUCUGCGAGGCCAUGGCUCAGAAUGAAAUAACUCCACCAACUGAGAUGCUGACUAAGGUUCCCAUCCCAGGAACAGACGCCAUCAAGUAUCAUCCUGUGAAAGUGUAUAGGUCUGGGGAAGGUGAUGGGAAUCAAACCGGAUUCAACGUGGACACUCUCCCUGUUUAUGCCGAAGCUUACGAUAUGCACACCAAUUUUGUCUACUUGAUCGUCACUCUCAACACCGAAACCCUCGAAUCCAAUCUCCGACCCUACUUGCUGCUGUUCCUGGACCUCCUGAUGGAGUCUCCUGUGCGCCGAGAUGGUGUCCUGAUCCCCUAUGAACAAGUUGUUGCUGCUCUGGAGUCCGACGUUAUCUCCUCUUCAGCUGCUCUAGGCCUUGAAACCAAGAGUCGCUUCUCUUGCGGUCCCUUCUCCCACACCGUUUCCAUGUCCCUUCAGGUGGAACCACAGAAGUAUACCACUGGCGUGAAGUGGAUCAAGGAACUUCUUCAUGAUACAGAGUUUACAGUUGAGAGGAUUCGGGUGUGCGUGGCAAAGAUGGUGAAUGAUGUGGCUCAGGCCAAGAGGAAGGGCAAUUCUGUUGUCCAUGAUCUGCUCAAAGCUCUGUUUUAUAAACGCUACAGCAAUGUUCAAUUGAGCUCAAUGCUGCGUCAGCAUAAAUUUCUCACAGGACUACUGGAGCGCCUUGAUACUCCGGAAGGAUCCGUAGCUGUCGUCGAGGACCUCAAUAGGGUCCGUAAUAUUAUUACCCGAGCUGAAAAUGUGGCAAUUCAUGUUGCGGCUGAUUGGGCACGCCUAGCUGAAAUUGUUCCCGAUCUCAAUGCUCCGUGGGCUGAAAUAGCUCGUCCGGAUGACGUUUUGGAGAGCAGGAAGCUUACAGUUGUGCCCGAUUGGAGCCUAAUGGACAGUGAAUCGAGUCUAGCUGAUGGAACUGUUGGGACUGUCGUGGGAUUGGGAUGUGUUGAGGGUGCUUUCUUGAUUCAAGCUGCUCCAGCUAUUAAGGACUUUAUGGACCCGGAUCUACCGGCCCUGCUUCUGUUCCUGCAAUACUUGACCCAGCUGGAAGGACCUCUAUGGCGUCAGAUCCGAGGUCAGGGUCUGGUAUAUGGCUACAGUAUGGUACCCAGGCCACAUGAGGGACUUCUGUAUCUAACUUUCUAUCGCACCACUAAUGUCAUGGCGGCCUAUAAAGAAACCAAGGCCAUUGUCGAACGCCAGAUCUACGAUCAUGGUUCCUUAGAUGAAUCUCAGCCACGUUGGGAGCCAACGCUUCUCGAAUCAGCACGCAGCUCAUUGAUCUUUGAACUGAUCGACAGAGAGAAGAGUCUGGGAGAUAUUGUGACUCAGUGUUUACUGUCCAGUUUCAAGAAUAUCUCCAUUGAUUACAAUAGGAUGAUUGUCGAUAAAAUUGGCAAGAUCACUGAAGAGGAUCUAAGUCGUGUUGGCCAGAAGUAUGUGGAGUCCUUGUUCUCCCCGAAGGCGAAGAUUGCCAUCGUUUGCCAUCCGGAUCGUUCUUCUGAUAUUGCAGCUGCCUUCGAACAAAUGGGACAUCCUCUGUCAGUGAAGGUCCUCGAGGACAGCGUUCUGGCCCAUUCUUGCUGAAGCUUCUUGUGCAUUCCGUGUGGAAGAAGUUAAACAAAAAAAAACUUUGGUGGUACUUUAAUAAAAAUAUCGAUUUAUUAACAGAAAA